GAGCGAAAGAGUAUGCCGCAGGGGUGGUUGAUUUUAGGUGGCAGGUUUUUUUUUCUACCACCAAAGGCGCCGGCUUCAGUUCGCCCUCAACUUCGCUCCGUUCCGUUUGCCACAAUGAUUCGUCUGUGCAUCGAUGAGCAUCGUCAAUUAAUAUAAACAAAUACAACUGAAAGAAUAAUAGUGAACCUUGUGCUGAACAGUGAAGUGGAAGUGAAAACUCAACUUAGAACCAACUUUUUACUUUGCUUUAUCAAAGAGCCAAGCUGUUCACCCUUUUUUUGGAGUCUCAGUGGAGCUGUCUAGCCAUCCCUCUCGCACACGGCUUGGCAAUCGAUAAGCUUAACAGCGGUGCUGUCCACUCAUCGGCGGAUGUUACUGUUAACCUUAGGCAGCGAGUGUUUUAAGAACGAAAUUGGAACGCUGGCCGAAACCCGUUAAUCUCCAAUGAGGCGACACAUUCGGGGAAAGGAAAAUUCAUAAAUGAAAGCUUCUAAUUGCCGGAGAAUGACAAAAGCGACAAGAAAUCAGCGCGAGCGAACAAAAGCAAAGCAAACUUUUUAGGCAGCCCUAAAAGCAGCAGCAGCAGCAGCAGCGAAAGCCGCGAAAAUUGAGCCACCGAAGCGGCGGCGAUGCUGUUGAUGCCCACAUCCUGUGGGCCGGGGCCACCACCCACCGACCUCGGCCCCUCGUCCUCGUCCUUGCCCCCGCCAACCCAACGAGCGGCAGAUGAUGGAGACACAGUGCGGAGGUCAGGGACCCAGGCCCCAAGGACUAUUUCGGGGUCGAGCAUUCCCCAAUGGCUGAUAAUCCUCCUCGGUCUCUUCGCCAUUCUCGCCCAGACACCAAGCAGCCAGGUGGCCGCCGAGAAGAGUAAACACUAUUACAUGCAGUCGCUGUGCAAGAACCACUUCCUGCAGCAGCUGUAUCGGAAAAUCGAUGGGGCCGUGCUCUGGUCACAGAACGAGCGGAACCUGGACUGCAUCAUCACCUUCCAGACGCACUCGGUGCUGCAGCGCUUCAUGCUCCGCUUCGACAUGCUGCAGCUCGACUGCAACGAUCACCUGCUGGUCUACGACGGAGCCCAUGCCGUGGCCACGCCCAAGAUUGACAUCUCCUGUCGCAACACAAAGAACACCGUCAACGCGCUCCUGACGCGCACGAACUUUGUGACUCUGAAGUACGUGACCGAUGGCUGGGGAACGGAUGCGAACGGCUUCAAGUUGGUGAUUACGUCGGUGAAGGAUCCAAAGCACACCUGCAAGGAUUUCACCUGCGCCACCCGCGAGUUCUGCAUCCAUCCGGAUCUCCUCUGCGACGGCAUCAACCACUGCGGCGACAACUCCGACGAAUCAGUGCAGAAUUUGUGCCAGAGUGAGACGAGCAGCACGGUUUUCGGCCUGGACAUGACCUGGUUCGUCCUGAUCGUGGUGGGCGUCCUGCUCGUCCUGAGUGCCCUCAUCGUGGCGGUGGCCAUUUGCGUGUGCCGUCGCCAGGACGAGAACGCCGCCAACGCGAACACAGCGCUCCAGAUGCACCACACGGCCGACACGAACGGGUCGUCGAAGCAUCUGCACUACCACGGCCUCAGUGUCGGCGGGACACUGACGCGGGACCAUGGGCACACUCAACUGCCGGCGUCGGGAAACUGGCAUCACCCUGCGGGACCAUCCGGGUACCACCGCACUCCACACAACUACUUGAAGAUGGCCACCAAAGUCCGUCCCAUUUGGUGCUUGGCAAAUUCCGUCAAUUAGGUCAAGAUCUUUCGCACAACUCCGCCGGGCUCAGCCAGACGAAUAUCGCCGGGUCUGGGCAUCCCAAUGCCAACGCCGUCGGCGCUGCGCAGAAGGACGAGUGGUUCGUCUAGGACCAGGCAGCACUGUGGAACGACCGAUUGACUUGAGCACAAUAAUCUGUACUUUAUUAAGUAAGCUUAUGGAUAUUUGCAGAGCAUUAAAUGAAGACUGUAAGACUAUAUUUAACAACAAUUAGUGUGGACAUCACCGCGCAGGGUGUAUUAUACAGAGAUUUCUACUCGUACCCAAGCUGAAUCUCGAAUGCAUUGGCCAGAACAUGCCUGUUCUGUCGGAUAACCAGUGCACCUGUAAAUAGUUUAUAAAUAUAUAUUAUUUAUGAUUUAACUGAUUAACACUACCAGCUGGCAAGACAAGACCCUCUCAAACCCAUAUCCCUAAAAAAUGAAAAGUUAUAGAGCAGAGUCCGAUUCUUAAUUUCGUGCAAGUAUGUUGGCAUUUAUUUAGAACAUUACCUAUGUUUAGAAGGCAAUUAGACUUGAAUUAUUGCGUUCAAUAUGCACAGACACAAAUCCCUUAAAUUAAUGUACGAACGAAUCGCAGAUAGUCGAAGAUUCGGAGAGGUAAACUAACAAUCGUAAGCAUUUAAUUGAACAGAAAUUGUGAACAGAAACCGUAAGAAGUAUUAAAGCUCAACAUGAAUAACCGAAAACUGUCAUUAAUAUACAACUUCCGAGUCUUAGAAAUUUGAGAUAACUGGCAGAGUUGUUGGCCAGGUCGUUUUUACAAAAAUUAAGCUGAAUUCUAAUCACAAAAAUGGACACAAGAAGAUCAACCAAAACAAGGGAUGUACAUAAGUAGUUGACAAUAUACUUAUACUAACAAAAAGAAAAACCAAAUCGAACGAAAGGACUUCUAGCGCAACUGUCAUCUAUACAAUUUCACCUCCACUCCUCCAUUGUCCACUUGGAAGUCGAAGUCUGAGUUUGAGACUCCAGAAUCCAGAUUGAAGCAAACAUUUCACCGAGAGACUCAUUCCUCAUCAAAGAACCGAAAAACCAAUGCUAAACGGAAAUAUUCUGGGACAUUAAGGACAAUACAGUGAAAUCUUUUGCUUUUGAUACGACUAAAUUGAGAAAGUGACAUGGCAUGCAUUUUAACCUACAGAAGUGUCCGAACACAAUUUUCUACAAUCAACCAAAUGGAAUUCUACAAAAAUGAAACAACGUUAAGAUACAUAAACAAAGUUGAAACAUUUUGCUACAAAAUCGAAUGAUAACGAUCAUCUAUAUAUAUAUAUAUUGACGACGAUGUGUAUGCUGUAUGUGUAUGUGUGUGAGGAAACAUGAUAUGCAACUUGAGAAAACCAAAACUAGAAUGCUUCAAAAUGAUUGUAGUACUUCCCGCCGUUAAUAUUUUUUUAAAAUAUCGUACAUACUACAGAUACAGAUGCAAGUCUUAAUAAUAAUACUUAUACUAAGAAGCAAUAAGUAAGAAUUUUCCGCUGCUAAAAUUUGUCUUUCAAAAUACUUCCAUAGGCCCGGUUAGUUUAAUAGUCUUGUGGCUCCUCAACUUUCUUUUUUUUUCCAGAUAGUAACCGAAAAAAAAAUACUUGCUCCUUGCUAAGCCAGAAAUAAAAAGAAAUAUAUAUCAAAUUAAGUGCGAAAUUUAACACUAAUCGGAGUGGAUGGCAUACGUUCAGCCCGAUCAAUGCUAUUAAGUCAAAUUAAAUUAGUUUUGUACUUAGAAGUAAUGGAAAACCCAAGAACUCAAUUAACUAAUCUUCUAGGCAUAAUUUCCGCUGAUAGUGUCUUUUUUUUUAUUCUUUUCGAACUUCUUUUGCCCUUCUAUAGUUUGUAUUUGUAAAACUACAAGCGUCUUAUACUAUAUCAUAAAUUAUAGGAAAAUGGUAUUAUGAUAAAUUGAAUUUUUAACCAAAAUUAUAAGCAAAUUGUAUUAGGCGUCAAAUUUUAGAACAGAAUGAAAAAAAGAAACCGAGAGGCGACAAAAGCUGAAGGAAACAAACACAUUGAAAAGAUAUAUGUUAUGUAUAUGGGCUAAAACCACAUUCAUACAUGGCAACAAAUUAAUCUUAAUUACUUCAAAACGAUGAUAAUAAAUGAUACUAAAUAAUAACUGAUUAACCGCAAAGCUAAUUUAUGCAAUACAGGAAUAUGGAAUACUGAAAAUUAUGCGUCAAUAAAACGUUUAGGCAAGAUUGUAUUGUAAUAUCUAAUCGUAAUUGUACUCGUAAUCGCAUGCCUACUCCCCACUGGUGAAAAUCGGUUAGAUCAUGUCGUAUAUGAGUGUAGUUAAAAUAUACAUAUUUACCUAAAACACAAUUCAAUCGGAAUGGGAACGGGAAUGGGAAUGGGAAUCGAUCAGGAGUAUAUAGACGGAUAAAUCCCCGAUUACUUGUAAAAGAUAAUAAAAUAGGCGAGUGUGGGAUGGUGGGGAGAGCUUUUCGUUUCCCAGUGUAAGUGUUACAAUGUGUUAAGAUUCAUUUUUUACCCUCUACAGUCUCUAGAUCUCGAAAAGACUUUGCCGCAAUUAGUCUAACUUCUCUAAUUAUAUGUAAAUGUAUGGUACAUGUGUGUAUGUACCUAAAUAACAGCGACAGAAUAUUCAGAAAGUGUGAUUUUAAAGUCUCCUGCUUUGUCAUAGACCGAAAAUCCAUACUUAUGUGAUGGGAGUUACUAUCAAAACAAUUAAGUUUGGCGGAAUAUCAGAUACAUUAAAUACUUUUUGUGUGAAGAAAGGCAAGGUUUGAACCCCUCGAUGGAUAACUAUUUAAGUAUAGAAUGACUAGGUAUACACCCGAAAAAAAAGAGCCACGGUCAGUAAAUCGUAGUGCAAAUGUUAGACGAAAUUAUUGCCAUAGAAUCCAGCAUCCAGUGGAUUAUUUUCCUCAUUCAUUUUUCGCACGCAUUUCGAAAAAGAAACACAGAAAGUCCACAAGUUUUAGAGUUAUUGUUUUUGGUUGAAAAAGAUAAUAGAAGUAUGCAUAACUACCAGCGACAACAAUAACGAUGAGAACAAAACAUACUAACCUGUAUCGAAAUAAUAAACCCAAGGGAUCGCGUAAAGUAAUGCUUAGCUUUGUGUUAAAUUGCUGUUGAAUAUAAAUGUACUUGUACAAUGAUAAUAAUUACGAUGGCAUUGAACACACAGAAACACACACACAGGUCAUCAACAAAACACAUCAAACAAUAACAAUGCAAAGAACAGAACCCAAAUCCAAAUGAAACUAAUUAUAAUAAAAUAAAGAAUAUAAAACGUUAAG